GGGGCUAGAUCGGGUACGCGCUUGGGGGCCGGUUCUCGCGAGAGUGGAAUCGCUCUUUUGCUACUCCUGCUGUCCGCUCGUCGCCACACCGCCGUUGCUGCGGGGGAUUGUGGGAGCCUUCGCGUCCCGCUCGAAGAGAGGUGUCGUCGUUCUUCCUCCUCCUCCCCUUCCCUGAGGUAGCAGUGAAACGGGUGAGGACCGGCAGCUGAAUGCACUCUGCAACAGUCUUUAUAUAUCACUGGCCUAAGGAUCAAGAAGUGGGCUAGAAGUUGAAUCCAGAGUUGUCUGCUGGUUCUCAGCUUGAAGAAGAAUCUACAGUCCUUAUUGAUCCUUUUUUCUUGGCGUUACCAUUUUUGAAGCAAAGUUAACUAGCUUUCUAGUCUGACCUUUCUUUUUGGCCGUCUUUUAAAAACAUUUUUUUUUUGAUCCAUAAGGUAGACAAGAGAUAGUUCUACAAUGUCCAAGUCAUUCCAGCAGUCAUCUCUCAGUAGGGACUCACAAGGUCAUGGGCGUGACCUAUCUGCAGGAAUAGGCCUUCUUGCUGCUGCUACCCAGUCUUUAAGUAUGCCAGCAUCUCUUGGAAGGAUGAACCAGGGUACUGCACGCCUUGCUAGUUUAAUGAAUCUUGGAAUGAGUUCUUCAUUGAAUCAACAAGGAUCUCAUAGUGCACUGUCUUCUGCUAGUACUUCUUCCCAUAAUUUGCAAUCUAUAUUUAACAUUGGAAGUAGAGGUCCACUCCCUUUGUCUUCUCAACACCGUGGAGAUGCGGACCAGGCCAGUAACAUUUUGGCCAGUUUUGGUCUGUCUGCUAGAGACUUAGAUGAACUGAGUCGUUAUCCAGAGGACAAGAUUACUCCUGAGAAUUUGCCCCAGAUCCUUCUACAACUUAAAAGGAGGAGAACUGAAGAAGGCCCUUCAUUGAGUUAUGGUAGAGAUGGCAGAUCUGCUACACGGGAGCCACCAUACAGAGUACCUAGGGAUGAUUGGGAAGAAAAAAGGCACUUUAGAAGAGAUAGUUUUGAUGAUCGUGGUCCUAGUCUCAACCCAGUGCUUGAUUAUGACCAUGGAAGUCGUUCUCAAGAAUCUGGUUAUUAUGACAGAAUGGAUUAUGAAGAUGACAGAUUAAGAGAUGGAGAAAGGUGUAGGGAUGAAUCUUUUUAUGGUGAGCCCUCACAUAACUAUCAUAAAUUUGACAGUGAGUAUGAGAGAAUGGGUCGUGGUCCUGGUCCUUUACAAGAGAGAUCUCUCUUUGAGAAAAAGAGAGGCGCUCCUCCAAGUAGCAAUAUUGAAGACUUCCAUGGAUUCUUACCGAAGGGUUAUCCCCAUCUGUGCUCUAUAUGUGAUAUGCCAGUUCAUUCUAAUAAGGAGUGGAAUCAACACAUCAAUGGAGCAACACACAGUCGACGCUGCCAGCUUCUUCUUGAAAUCUAUCCAGAAUGGAAUCCUGACAAUGAUUCUGGACAUGGAAUGGGUGAUCCAUUCAUGUUGCAGCAAUCUACAAACCCAGCACCAGGAAUUUUGGGGCCCCCUCCUCCCUCAUUCCAUCUUGGGGGACCACCUGUUGGACCAAGAGGAAAUAUGGGUGCCGGAAAUGGAAAUAUGCAAGGACCAAGACACAUGCAGAAAGGCAGAAUGGAAACUAGCAGGGUUGUUCACAUCAUGGAUUUUCAGCGGGGGAAAAACUUGAGAUACCAACUUUUGCAGCUGGUUGAACCAUUUGGAGUAAUUUCAAAUCAUCUGAUCUUAAAUAAAAUCAAUGAGGCAUUCAUUGAAAUGUCUACCACAGAAGAUGCUCAGGCUGCAGUGGACUAUUACACAACCACACCAGCACUAGUAUUUGGCAAACCAGUAAGAGUUCAUUUAUCCCAGAAGUAUAAAAGAAUAAAGAAACCUGAAGGUGGGAAACCGGAUCAGAAAUUUGAGCAAAAGCCUGAGCUUGGACGGGUGAUCCAUCUCAGCAACUUGCCCCAUUCUGGCUAUUCUGACAGUGCCGUCAUCAAACUUGCUGAGCCCUAUGGAAAGAUAAAGAAUUACAUAUUGAUGAGGAUGAAGAGCCAGGCUUUCAUAGAAAUGGAGACCCGAGAGGAUGCUAUGGCUAUGGUUGAGCACUGUGCAAAGAAGGCACUUUGGUUCCAGGGUCGAUAUGUGAAGGUUGACUUAUCUGAGAAAUAUAAAAAACUGGUAUUGCGGAUUCCCAACAGAGGAAUUGAUCUGUUGAAGAAAGAUAAAUCUCGAAAGAGAUCUUACUCUCCAGAUGGCAAAGACUCUCCAAGUGACAAAAAGUCUAAGACUGAUGGCAGCCAGAAGAGUGAUAGUGGAGCUGAAGGAAAAGAACAAGAAGAGAAACAAAGUGAAGAUGCUGAUAAAGAUAUAAAAGAUGAACAGGCAGAGCAAGAACCUGGUUUACUUCUUGAAUCUGAAGAUGAGCUACUUGUAGAUGAAGAAGAGGCAGCUGCACUGCUAGAAAGUGGCAGCUCAGUGGGAGAUGAGACUGACCUUGCCAAUUUAGGUGAUGUGGCUGCUGAUAUUAAAAAAGAACCUUCAGAAAAAGCUUUGAAAAAAAUGGAAAUGAGUCUUGGUUCUUCAGCAGCAGCAAAGAAAAAACUCAAAAAGCGUCGCUUUCCAGGGAGUAUGGAAGGUUUUGUCACUCUAGAUGAGGUUGGUGAUGAGGAAGAUUCGGAACUUCAGAAACUUCGUAAAUCGGGAAUGGCAAUUAAAUCUGGUGACAAAAAUGACGAUAGUUUGGUUGAAAUUAAGGUGGACAAGAUGGAGGAACUUGAUCAGGAGAAUGAUGGAUCGUUGGAAAAUGGAAUUAAAAAUGAAGACAGUACAGAGCCUGGAGGUGCCGAAUCUGCCGAGAACCUUGAGGGAAUGGAUCCGAACCAAGAGACAAGUGAAAAUACAGAUGGGGAAAACGAAAUUAAAAGGGAGGAUAUCCCAGAUGAGUAUAGAAUUGGACCAUAUCAACCCAAUGUUCCUGUUGGCGUGGACUAUGUGAUACCCAAGACAGGAUUUUAUUGUAAACUCUGUUCUCUCUUCUACACAAAUGAGGAAGUUGCAAAAAAUACUCACUGCAGCAGCUUGCCUCAUUAUCAGAAAUUGAAGAAAUUUCUGAAUAAAUUGGCAGAAGAUCGCAGGCAAAAGAAAGAAGCUUAAGAUGUGCAAGACGCUUAAGGGUUUCCAAGGAAAAGUGGUUCUUUGUUUUUUAACGUUAACCUUUUUUAAAUGCAGUACAGAUAGUUAGUAGAAGGAAAUAUUGUACUCUUUUGUUUUAGUGGAAAAUAGUCUGUUCAUGUGUUAAGUGUUACAAUAAAAAUGCAUAUACAGUUAAGUUAAUGCAGAAUAACUUUUGUUUUAUAAGAAUGGCAACAGACAGAAGUGCUUUGUAGAGAUUGGCCCUUCAAGCCAUUUAAGAACUUUUGCACCGUUAUGAAAAAAAUGGAUGUGCGAAGAAAAGUAACCUUCAAAGAAAUGAAAUUUUAUUAGUUUCCAGCUUCAAAGAAUUGUCAACAAAUUUUUUGAUUCCAUUCAAUAAAGAACAAAAACCUUACAUUGUAUUUUUGUUAAUUUUAUCUGAAACAUUCCACAUUCUAAUCUGAGCCUAGCAGAUUUUUCAUUUGGAGUGUGAAGCUAUUUAGUUGUAUUUCAUUUCUGGAAACGUCCUUAAGUGUAAAGUUGGCAAAUUAAAAAUGCAGGUGCAGCUUCUUUUAAUGUCAUUGCUGUUACUUAGAUGUUAUAGAAAACUAUUAAGUAAUUGGCUUUAAAUUUUGUAAUUUGUUUUUUAAGUUCCUACUAGAUUUUUUCUUUAUUCAUGUAGUCAAUGUAUUUUCAGUGAAAUGUAAAACAAAACAAAAAAACAAGACAAAACAAAAAAAAAUCCCGUUCUCUUUGACCAGUAUUAAUUUCUUGAGCUCUUAUUGCUUGUUACUUGAAUCCUGUAGCUGUCAUACAUUUCUGGUAUAAGCAAAAUUUGAUUUUUGAAGUGUGUUAGAUCAUCUCUUCAUAUUCUUUAAAUGUAAUUUUACAUAGCUGCAUUUUAAACAGUUUGGUCAUAAUCCCAGAAGCACGCUUCUAAUUAAUGUACCUGCACUUGUGACCUUUGUGAACAGAAAUUUGCAUGUAUAAUCUGUGUUUACUUGUAAUUUUCUGAUUAUAUACUGCUUAUAUCUGUGGAUUCAAGUUACCGAAGUGAUUACCAAUAAACAAACCUAGGCAACAA